AUGGAAGCAAAAUCAUUGGAAUUCGAGCGGUUGGCCCGUAGAGCCAGCACUAAUUCAGAAGCCUUGAAAAAUGCAAUAGCUGCUGCUGAAGCAUGUUUUCAAGCUGUCGACCAUGCCUCGUCUCCGUCAGAGAAGACACGCUUGAGACGCAAGUUGAAGGAACUACUUGCUUACGCCGAACAGCUUAAGAAAGGCCCCUCGCCACAGAGUCGUCCUGUGGCACCUGGACAGUCUCGUCGCCUUCCUACGUCAGAGAAAACCAUCAUCCUACGCUCUUCUCGCCUGCACGGCCAUGUCUUUCCGCCCUGGGAGGCCCCGCCAUCUGCUAAUAAUUUUAAACUGGCAGACGAUGGCAUAUUGUACCAAGACGAGUCCGAGUUCUGUCUCUCUCCCCGGCAGCGAGAGAUCUUUGCUGGAUGGAGAAGGCCCUCUGAGAUGUUUUCAUUACCGAGCAGAACUGGCGACGGCGGGAACAAUACUGCACAUAAACUGCCGUCAACAUUGAUGCAAAGAUCUGCUACAGACAACGAUUUGGUGCAGGACAUCACAACCGACUGCAGUGUCGUUGCCAGUUUAUGCGCUGCCAUGAAGCACCUCAGUUGCAGAGAAAGCCCACUGCUUGCCGAUCUGAUGUACCCCUUCGACGCGACCAGUUCGACACCGCUUAUGUCUGAGAAUGGCAAAUAUGUAUUCAAGAUGAACUUCAAUGGCUGCUUCAGACACGUUACUAUCGAUGAUCGCCUCCCUGCCUCCCGCACAUCCCGUACCCUUUUUGUGGUGGACAGAAAAAACCCUCAGCUUAUCUGGCCUGCCCUGAUGGAGAAGGCUUACCUCAAAAUAAGGGGUGGUGGCUACGACUUUCCAGGAAGCAACUCGGGCACUGAUCUCUGGGUUCUCACCGGCUGGAUACCCGAGCAGAUCUUCCUUCACGAGGAUACGGAGCCAGACCAAAGCUGGGCUCGAAUCAAAGAUGGGUACGACCGUGGCCACGUCGUUGUGACUCUUGGCACGGGGAGGCUGUCAAACGAGGAGGAGGAGGCACUCGGGCUCGCUGGCGAACAUGACUAUGCAGUUAUGGAUGUGCGAGUAGAGAACGGGGUACGUCGCAUGCUGGUCAAGAAUCCCUGGUGUGACGGUCUCAUCUGGAAAGGGGUCGGCUCCUCGGCCGUGUUGGAACCGAAAACGACACCGAACUCUCCAGCAGGAAACUCCCCGACGUAUUGCACGGAUGGAAUGACGGGAACAUUUUGGAUCUCGUUCGAGGACAUCAUCCAGAACUUUGAAUCACUCUACCUCAACUGGAACCCUUCGUUGUUCAGCCACCGCCAGGAUCAUCAUUUCACUUGGGAUAUACCGGACCCCAUGCUAGCCAACUCUUUCGCACGGAACCCUCAGUAUUCUGUCUGCGCUCAGGCUGACGGCACAGUGUGGGCAUUGUUGGACCGCCAUUUCCAUGACGAGGAGCUUAGAAUCACUCGAAACCGCUUAUCCACAUCUCCAGCUCGUAGAUCAACGAGUCUUCCAGAUUCUCUCGGUUUCAUGUCCCUAUUCCUCUUCUCCAACACAGACGGCAGCCGUAUACAGUUGCCUGAUCGUCCCCGGUGGCUUCAAAAACAGCCGUUUGUGGACAGCCCGCAAACACUUCUACGCUUUAAAGCCAAAAAAGGAGAGCGUUAUACACUUGCGGUCGCGCAGUCCAGCCUUCCAUUGCCCAAAUACAACUUUAGCCUCUCCUUCUUCAGCCGCUCGCCGCUUGAGGUGAGCAAGGCGGAUCCCGAACAUGCCCACUACACCACAAUAACUGGAUCAUGGACGCGGCGCUCCGCAGGGGGCAACGGCGCAGAACCCACAUACCUUUCAAACCCGCAAUACUCGAUCAAAGUCACCACGCCCACCGCCAUAUCACUUCUUCUUUGCACAGACAACCAGGACCUGCCGCUGCACGUGGACCUCCUUUGGUCAGGCACGGGCGUAGCGGCCAGCGGGACCGCUCGUGAGAUUGUGGCGUCGAGCGGCGAGUACCGUCGUGGGAGCGCCUUAUGUGCAGUCUCACGCUCGUGUCCUGCUUCUACGGCCGCCGGCGGAGCCUCGUUCCUCCAACCGGGCACAUAUAUCGUUGUACUCUCUACAUUUGAGCCUGGGCAGCUGGCAUCGUACACUCUUGAGAUUGGAUCCUCGGCACCUGACGGCCCCGUCGCUGUGGUUCCGGCCGCCCGCACCGGUGCGGCCGCUGGGCGCCUGCGCACCGCUCUACCCCCUGUUCCCCAACUUCCACCCGCCCGUUACAGGGCCACCACGACGGCCCAGGAUGAUCAGGACUCAAGCGACGCCCGCGGCCACCGCGCGCCAGUCAUCGUGUCACGUCUCACCCGGCUCAGCGUCGCCGUGGCACCCCGCUCCGGUGGAGUCGACGCCGUGCGUGUGCGCCUCGAGGUCGGCAUCAAUGCCCACCGCCGCGAGCUCGCCUUCAGCGGCGGCGAUACACACGAGUUUGUCGACGCCGCACGCGGCGCGCGCACCCUCGAGGUGGAUGUUGACCCGGGCCUGGCCCAGCGCGAGGGUGGGCUCUGGGUCGUGAUCGAGCAGAUGGGAGGCGGCAAGGGCAACGGCGCGGCCGCUACUUGCGUUGCUGCUCCGACGGUCGUCGAGGUCUUUAGUGAUAAUCCCGUUCAGCUGGGGCCGUGGGAGUACUACGAGGACUAG